UCAAUGCAAAGAAACCAAAACCGCCAUAGCUGAACUUUCUUGCGACCUUCCGCCUCUUCAACUGCUCGUUAUAAAUCGAUCAAAAUCACUACCAGAGAAGAACUUACAAUCUUCAAUCGUUGAUGUUCCUCAUCGAUUAUGUCUCCAUUCAACGCCUCUGAUUUACAGAGGAUUUUCGAAACGAUUGACAGAAAUGGCGACGGCUUCGUGAGCAUCGAGGAGCUUCAUUGGCUGCUUAAUCGAACAGGCGUCGAUUUCAUUUCGGAUGAUCUCGAAUCGUUAAUAGGUAAAUCGAUGAUUGAUUUUGAUGAAUUCUUGUCUCUGUAUGAAUCGAUUUCGGAAAUAAACAGAGGAGGAGAGGAGAUUGAGAGCGAUCUUUUGAAUGCAUUCCAAGUGUUCGACGAAAAUCGCGAUGGUUUUAUUUCGUGCGAUGAGCUUCACAAUGUGUUGGUUAGGUUAGGGCUUUGGGAUGAUCGACGCUGUGUGCGUGAUUGUAGGCGCAUGAUUGGCGCGUUCGAUGUCGAUUUGGAUGGGCGGCUUGAUUUUGAGGAAUUCAAGAACAUGAUGAACUACUCUUCUAAUUCUUCGUUUUAGAUUGAUGAUUUUAGUGAGUUUGAUUCUUGUUCGUGUUGAUUUUGAGUUGAUUUGUUGUUUGUUAGAUUACAAAAACUCGUAUUUUUCUAUCUUCUUUUCUCAAUUUCAUUCCCUCCCUGACU